AUGCAGUUGCAGCUCUGCCUUGGACUCUGUGUGGUGUUCCUCUGCCUGUGCAGUGGGGGAUACGGGCAGAUCGUUUCGCGCGCCACUUGGACAAGGUUGCCGACCCAUCGACUGCCACGCCUUUAUGCGCCAGCGCGUUACAUUAUCUUUCACCACACGGUGACACCUCCCUGCUAUAAUCCAGGACAAUGCCUGGCCAUACUGAGAAGCAUUCAGGCCAACCACAGGAGUCGCCGUUUCCGCGACAUUGGCUACAAUUUUCUCAUUGGAGGCGAUGGACGCAUCUAUGAGGGUCUUGGCUUCGGCAUACGCGGCGAACAUGCCCCCAAAUACAACAGUAUGAGCAUAGGCGUGGCCUUCAUCGGCAAUUACCAUGUUACCUUGCCGCCAGGACAGAUGUUGCAGGCAGCACGCACCCUCAUCAGCAUUGCUCAGCAGCGCCGGGCCGUGCAACCCAACUUCGUCCUUCUUGGGCAUUGCCAGACCAAGAGCACUGUUUGUCCAGGACGCCGGUUGCUCGAUGAGAUCAGCAAAUGGCCGCGUUGGCAGAGACACCCAUAG